AUGCGCUUGUUCCUUGUGCUCGUGGCAGCCAGCCUUGCCGCUGCUGAAACUGGUAUCGACGCCUGGCUGCGCUAUGCGCCCAUUUCUUCUCCUAGGCCCAGUCAGAGUCUCCCUUCAAACAUCAUUUCUUUGAAUGCCACAAUAAAUGGGCCGGUGCAUAUUGCAGCCGUUGAGCUACAGAAAGGUCUUGCAGGCAUCCUGGAUCACAACAUCUCGGUCAUCUACCCAACCAGUUACCAACUCAGCAACACAACGACAUCUAUCCUCGUCGGCACUGUGUCAGAGUAUGCAAACACCUUAAGCGAACCUCCACAGAUCCCAAAACUCGUGGAUGAUGGGUAUUGGCUCAAUACGACAGGGUCCACGGUCCAGAUCCUCGGUCACAAUGAACGCGGUGCCCUCUAUGGUGCAUUCCAGUAUCUUUCGAUGAUCGCCCAAGGCAAUAUCUCCAACGUCGCAUUUGCUUCCAAUCCGGAUGCCCCUCUACGGUGGGUGAAUCAAUGGGACAACUUGGAUGGGUCAAUUGAGAGAGGGUACGGUGGUCCUUCGAUCUUCUUCACAAACGGCACGGUUGCCAGUGAUCUGGAUCGUGUCUCGGCCUACGGGCGUCUCCUGGCAUCGAUCGGCAUCAACGGGAUCAUUGUUAACAAUGUCAAUGCCAAUGCCUCUCUUCUCAGUUCCGAAAAUGUGGAAGGACUCGGAAGAAUUGCGGACGCUUUUCGGCCGUACGGCGUGCGUGUUGGUAUUUCUCUAAACUUCGCCUCGCCAACAGCCAAUCUGGUCUAUGGCAAUCUCAGCACAUUCGACCCAAUAGAUCCUGAUGUCAUAGCAUGGUGGACGAAUGUUACGGACACUCUGUACGAGCGUGUUCCUGACAUGGCAGGAUAUCUCGUCAAAGCCAACUCUGAAGGGCAGCCUGGACCCCUGACAUACAAUCGAACCCUGGCUGAAGGAGCAAACCUUUUUGCCAACGCUCUACAGCCACACGGUGGUAUCCUCGUAUUUCGCGCGUUCGUCUACGACAGCGUCCACUUGAACGAAUCAAUCUGGAACGAGGAUCGCGCAAAUGCUGCAGUCCAGUUUUUCACUGGCCUGGAUGGCAAGUUUGCAGAAAAUGUCGUUAUUCAGAUCAAAUACGGACCGAUUGAUUUCCAAGUCCGCGAGCCUGCUUCGCCUCUUUUUGCUUACCUGCGGAACACGAGCACCUCAAUCGAGCUAGAAGUCACGCAAGAGUAUUUGGGACAACAAUGUCACCUGGUAUACCUGCCUCCCUUGUGGAAGACAGUCCUGGACUUCGAUAUGCGAGCUAACCAUACCGAGUCCCUCGUCCGCGAUAUCGUCACUGGCAAGCGCUUCAACAGGCCUCUUGGUGGCGCCGCGGCCGUGGUCAAUGUUGGAACUAAUGACACUUGGCUGGGAAGUCAUCUCUCAAUGUCGAAUUUGUAUGGUUACGGUCGCCUAGCCUGGGAUUUUUCCAGCGACCCAGAGGCUAUCUUACAGGACUGGGUUCGCCUCACAUUUGGAUCGAAUCCGGCUGUUGUGGCUGCAAUCACUAAUAUGUCGAUGGCGUCGUGGCCCGCGUACGAAAACUAUACGGGUAAUCUCGGCAUUCAAACUCUGACUGAUAUUCUAUAUACGCAUUUCGGACCUAAUCCCCAAUCUCAAGACAACAACCCCUGGGGCCAAUGGACCCGAGCAGACCGCAAAACCAUUGGAAUGGACCGCACCGUGUCGAACGGGACAGGCUUUGCAGGACAAUAUCCUGUAGAAGUGGCAGCUAUCUACGAGAACAUCUCGACCACACCGGACGAUCUCCUUCUCUGGUUCCACCACGUCAACUACACACAGCAGUUGCACUCUGGCGAGACUGUCAUCCAGCACUUCUAUAACGCCCAUUAUGCGGGCGCAGAAACUGCACAGACCUUUGUCACGCAGUGGCAAGGUCUCCAGGGCAAGAUCGACCAGCAACGGUACAACGAGACUCUGUUCCGGUUGACGUACCAGGCAGGCCAUUCGAUUGUGUGGCGCGACGCAAUCACCAACUUCUACCACAACCUGUCGGGCAUUGAUGACAGCCAAAAUCGGGUUGGAAACCACUCGUGGCGUGUCGAGGCAGAGAGCAUGACACUGCAGGGCUACGAGCCGUAUACCGUGUCACCUUUUGAGGCAGCCUCGAAUGUGACGGCCAUCGUGACCUCUGCCAACACGACCACCGGCACAGCGACGACGAUGCUUAAUUUCCCCAACGGCACAUACAGCCUCGCUGUGAACUAUUACGAUCUGAUUGGCGGCAAGUCUCAAUGGACGGUAUCCCUGAACAACCACCAGAUUGGGUCGUGGGUUGGCGAUCUCGAGGACCGACUGGGCCACGCUCCCAGCGUAUAUCUCGAUGGCCACUCUGCCGCACGAAUCACAUUCCACAACGUCACCGUCGGACGGGGAGACGUCUUAAAGAUCGUGGGCGUGGCAGACGGCAUCGAGCCCGCCCCGCUGGAUUACAUCUCGGUGUUGCCCGCGGGAGUGGUUGACUGA